CUUGUAAACUGGAUUCCAAAUGCACAUUAUUCAGGUGAUUACGGACUUAUGAAGCUUGUUAUAUCGGACGUACUUCCCCAUACAAUUAGAAGGGUGAGUAUAAUUGGUCUCGUUGAAAACCAGAGUGACUGGUACCUUAAGGAACAUGGAACUUCUUCUUGGCCGGCUCUGGGUCGAGGAUAUAAUACAGGAGUGGUGCUAAUGGAUUUGCAAAAGAUGCGGAAAGUCGGCUGGAAUUGGCAUUGGAGAAAUGUGGCCCAAAAGUUGCUGAAAAAUGCGUCCCACACAUCCUUGGCCGAUCAGGACAUUGUGAACGCAGCCCUCUACUUCAACAGCACUCGGGUUCACCGACUUCCCUGUGCUUGGAAUUUGCAACUGGGAGAUAACGCCAAUUAUUCGCACUGCCUUUUCAAUGACAGAGUAGGGGAAUCUCGACUUCACCGCCUUGAAGAAAUUGCGGCUAAUUGGGAAGGUCCAAUGAGUCUGGCUGUCUAUGUUACCGAUAGAGAAGCGGAAAUAGUAACGGAGUACCUUGAUUCUUUGAUGCUUUUUGCAUCACGCGGAAACAUUGGCAUACAUUUAGUGUUUCAAGAGGGCGUAAGUAGCUACUACCCAAUAAAUGCGCUUCGAAAUAUGGCAAUAAAAUACGCUGACACACCGUAUGUUUUCAUAGUCGACUUUGACUUCGUUCCAAAGCCACAUCUCCACACCUACUUUCAACGCACAUUAGCAACUGUAUCCUACAUUGUCCCCGCAUUUGAAACAUUCUGUACACAGCUCUCGUUUCCUUCCACGAAGCAACGCUUGCUUCAGAAAAUCGCAUCUGGGGUAGUAAAGCCUUUUCGAAUCGAUGUCUGGCAGGCUGGACACCUUGCCACGAAUUAUUCCCAUUGGUACAAAGCAGAAAUGCCCUAUGAGAUUAAAUGGGAUGCCGACUUCGAGCCUUAUGUUCUAAUCAGGCGCGGACAUGGGCAGUUUGAUGAACACUUCAUCGGCUUUGGCUGGAACAAAGUGUCAUUUUUUAUGCUUUUGGAUGCUCUCGAUUUCAAGUUUGUUGUUCUUCCAAAUGCUUUCAUAAUACACCUUCCUCACGCUCCGAGUGUUGAAUCAAAUCGGUUUCGCCAUUCACAGUGUUUGGAAGAUUUUAAAGUCAAAUAUAUAAAGGAUCUCGUCGUGCGUUUUGGCGUGAAAUCACUCAAAUAUCUUCGAUUUCGUCACAGGACUAUCGGACUGUAG